AGGGCGCAGGCCCUUCACUUUUGGUUGGUGGUAAAAGCCUCUUUUGUACAGUUUUCUGUUAAAUUAGCAAUCUAAUCAGCGUUCACCUCACCAUGCUGAUGUAAUAAUUUCGAAAAUGAAAUUUAAUAUUUAUAAAUAUGGCUUUUAUUUGGAAGGGAAUCUAACAUGAGCUUUAAAAUAAUGCAGCAGAACUGGUGAAGAAAUUAAUGCCAUCCCGUUCCAAGUCCUCUCCAUUUCCUGAUUUUUUUCAUUACGAAUACACAAGCAGGAGACUUUACAAAGCUGAAUAUUAAGCUGCUGAAAGAAAGAAGGAAAUAUGGCAUCCAGAAGAAUUCUCAAAAGUACUACAGCAUGCGGAAAUGUGGAGAAGAGUACAGGCAAGGACAAAACCCAUCACUGCUCAGACUGUGGGAAGAGUUUUAUUGCAAAGAGUCAUCUCCAGCGACACCAGCGCAUUCACACAGGAGAGAAACCGUAUCACUGCACAGACUGUGGGAAGAGUUUUAUUGCAAAGAGUCAUCUCCAGCGACACCAGUGCAUUCACACUGGAGACAAACCGUAUCACUGUACAGACUGUGGGAAGAGCUUUACUCAACAGAGAAGUCUUAAACAACACCAGUUAAUUCACACUGGAGACAAGCCCUAUCACUGCUCGGAAUGUGGGAAAAGCUUUACUAGACAGAUUGGCCUCAAAAAACACCAGCACAUUCACACUGGAGAGAGACCAUAUCACUGCAUGAACUGUGGGAGGAGCUUUACUCAACAGAGUGGUCUUAAACAACACCAGUUAAUUCACACUGGAGAGAAACCGUAUCACUGUUCAGAGUGUGGCAAGAGCUUUAAUCUUCAGGGUAACCUCAAAAAACACCAGCGCAUUCACACUGGAGAGAAACCGUUUCACUGCUCAGACUGUGGCAAGAGCUUUAAUCAACAGAGUAACCUCAAGAAACACCAGCGCAUUCACACUGGAGAUAAACCGUAUCACUGCCCAGAGUGUGGAAAAAGUUUUACUCAAGAGAGUGGUCUCAAAGAACACCAGCUCAUUCAUACAGAGGAAAAACCGUAUCAAUGCUCAGACUAUGGGAAGAGUUUCACCAAAAAGGGUCUUCUCCAGCAACAUCAGCGCAUUCACACUGGAGAGAAACCGUAUCCCUGCUUACAGUGUGGCAAGAGCUUUAAUCAACAGAGUAUUCUUAAAAUACACCAGCGCAUUCACACUGGAGAGAAACCGUAUCACUGCUCAGAGUGCGGCAAAAGUUUUAAUCGACAGAGUAACCUCAAAAAACACCAGCGCAUUCACACUGGAGAGAAACCCUAUCACUGCCCAGAGUGUGGAAAAACUUUUACUCAACAGAGUGGUCUCAAAGAACACCAGCUCAUUCAUACAGAGGAAAAACCGUUUCACUGCUCAGACUGUGGGAAGAGUUUCACCAAAAAGCGUCUUCUCCAGCAACACCAGCACAUUCACACUGGAGUAAAACCAUAUUACUGCUCAGAGUGUGGGAAGAGUUUUACUGGAAUGAGUGGCAUCCGAACACACCAACUUAUUCACACUGGAGAGAAACCGUAUCACUGCUCAGAGUGCGGCAAAAGCUUUAAUCAACAGAGUAUUUUUAAAACACAUCAGCGCAUUCACACUGGAGAGAAACCGUAUCACUGCUCAGAGUGCGACAAAAGCUUUAAUUGUCAGAGUAUUCUUAACAGACACCAGCGCAUUCACACUGGAGAGAAACCAUAUCUCUGUUUAGAGUGUGGCAAGAGCUUUAAUCUUCAGAGUAACCUCAAAAGGCACCAGCGCAUUCACACUGGAGAAAAACCGUAUCACUGCUCACAGUGUGGCAAAAGCUUUAAUCGACAGAGCAACCUCAAAACACACCAGCGCAUUCACACUGGAGAAAAACCGUAUCACUGCUCACAGUGUGGCAAAAGCUUUAAUCGACAGAGCAACCUCAAAACACACCAGCGCAUUCACACUGGAGUAAAACCAAAUGAGCAACCAUCUUGUUCUGGAUGAACUGAUCUAUUAUCAAUUAUCAAAUGUGGUAUAUUAUUCAAAUACUGUAUCAUCCUGUUCCUCUGGAGUGCACCUCACUGCUCACAGACAAAUUUUCCAUAAUGCACAUACCGGUCAUGUGACUACUACCUCCACCAGUCAGAACUUAUCUGCUCACAGUCACCUGAGUACUGAUUUAGCACACCUGUAUAUAAGUUUAUUUAAGCAAAAGUUCCUUGUAAUGAAUUGUAUUGGUUUUAACAGUGUACACAGAGUGUUUAUUUGAUUGUUUCUGAUUCUAUUACCGUUACUAACCU